GCCCUCUUUGGGGCCGCCGGGAACCUCGCAGAAUUCAUAUAAAAGGGCGCGUUUCCUCCUUCAUAUUCUCUAUUCGCCCCCGCGCACUCCCAUGGCUUCUUCCUUCGGUCGUCUCCGUCCCGUAUCGGACUCGCCUUCUCCAAGCACCAGUACCACCACCAGCAGCGACCACACCCCUCCUCCUCGCCAUGGUCAGUCCCAGCAUGUUAACUUGCUUCCGCCAGCAUCCGCAAACCGUCGCCCCAUGUCCCCGACGUCUAUCCGCGACGUUGACUUGAGUGGUCAGGACAGAGAUAUGCCCGCUCGUAAAUGGCCCACUCCACCAACCGGGCAUGAGCUAAUGGCACUCUUCCCUCCUGCACCACCCCUUAACAUCCUUCCAGGGCCAACUAGUGGUUACUUUCAGCGCGAGGAGCGCGCAUUCUUUGCUCAGGCCGGUAAGGAGAUUGUCCGAGUGAAGAUUGAAGUCGACAUGCCACAGAACGGCGAAGGUGAUUUCGAAUCAAAUAAAUCUCACCUAUCACGUCAAAGCUCCGCUUCGUCGCAUCGGCAACACUGGUCGCCGUCGAGCCAACAGCAUCCAAACAGCUUCGCUCAUGCGUCGCCACGAAGUGUUCCUCCUUCCUCGUAUCCUCACAACGAGUCUGCUCGUCCUGCGCGACAAGGACCAGUGCCGUUGACAGUGCAACCAGUCUAUCCGGCUUCUUCGCAUAUGUCGUCACAUACUUCGAAUGCACCUAUGCCGCCACCACCCAUGCCUCAUCGACCUGGAUACCCUGUUCGGUCUCCAAGUGAGGAUCAUCCAAGCGGACCACUACAUCCAAUGAGAGAGCCUAUGGCUGAGGAAUAUCGAGACGAAUCAGAUGAAUCGUGGCGUACACCUAUGCCCCAUAACCAGCGACGACGUGCGGGAAAGCACACGAAGCGCGUCGUCGUCAAGUAAUGGUCCGUACUAGCACCGGUGAGAAAGUUUCCAUGCUUUGGUGGGUCCCAUCGUCGAUCUGACACAUGUGUGAGCGCAGUCUCAUAUCAUCUUCGUUAUUGUUCAGCCGCCGUCGAAUUGCUGUCUGUGUUGUGUCUAACGUCUUCUGGCUCGCCUGUCCUCCCUUUUUGUUCUUGAUGAUCACACGUCCCUUCCAUUUUGAUGACAUAUGUACCAUAGACAAUCCAGCCUCCAUGUCCGCCUUUAGCAAUAUUAUCCAGCGCCUUGAUGCUUCCUGUAGUUGAUAACACGAUCAUAGACAUAGUACCAUAGUGUAUCAGAAAUAUACCACUAUACCUCGCUA